AUGGCUUCUGACAGUUUCGAAACACCUAUUUCCGAUGAAGAAAAGGCAAACAUCGCUUCAAACUUUAUUACCCAUGCGCCACCUGGCGAAUUUAACGAAGUUUUAAAUGAUGUCCGUAUCUUGCUGCAAAAUGAUUCCAUAUUGAAAGGUGCUUCUGCAGAAUCCUUUGCUUCGUACAACAUGGAACAAUUCCUCCCUGUAAAGUUGGAUGACUCAGACGAUUUGGUAAUCGUCAGUAAACAUGGACAGAUAGAGGAUGACAGAUUUAUUGAUCCAUUUCAAGGACGAUCAUUCAAGUUAGAUCAUUUGCGUAAAGAAGUGACAGACAUUCGCGAUCAUGAUAUGGAUAGCCAAGCAGAACCAUACAGAAAGGCAGUUCAAGAAGCUAUCCGUGGCUACAUCAAGUCGUAUUACCCUCACGGUGUUUUUUCUGUAUUUGGUAAUUCGGAUUCAGAUAUCACCAUCGUGAUUUGCAUUGAAGAUCAUCAUUAUCAGGCGAAGAAUUACUGGAAUGGCCGUUGGAAAUCCGAAUGGAUAGUAACAAUUCCCAGUGGUGGUAAUUUUGCAACAGUUAAGGGCAGCAUUAAGGUUCAGGUACACUACUAUGAAGAUGGGAAUGUCCAACUGGUGACCUCCAAAGAACAUGAAGAUCAAGUUGACGUCACGACUGAAAGAGGAACCGCUGAUAAGUUAGUCAAAUUGAUAGGAAGUGCUGAGGCUGCAUAUCAGACGUCUAUUUCUGAAAAUUAUAACAAUAUGUCGGAUACCGCAUUUAAAGCAUUACGUCGGCAAUUACCGAUCACACGCUCAAAGUUGGACUGGAAUCAAAUUCUCAGCUACAAGAUUGGCAAAGAAUUAAAGAAUGCGUAG